CCAACAUAUAUUCUGUUUGGAGUUUUCAGCACAGUCACCUGCACAGCCUGAGCAGCCUGGUUUGGUCACUACACAAAAUUGCAAAGGUUUUUAGGUUGUUUUGCUUUUUAUCAGAGAGGUUCAAGGAUCUGAUUUCUAUGUGUGUUGUUAACUCCUCAUGAAAGGUCCGGGUACAGAGUAAGCAGGAAAUACUUUCAAGCUGGGUAGGAAAAUAGCUGGGAGGGAUUUCUUAAGGCCCAAAAUCAUAGCCUAAACCAGAAAAACAAAUGUUCUUUGGCAAUACAAAAUGCUUCUCACCAAAGGUUUGCAGCCCCACAGUUACAUUAGCAAGAGCUGGGCAGGGUUAUUCCACACUUUUCCCAAGGACUCAUUCCCUUGGGAAACUGGAGUGGUCCUAGGGAGUGGACCCUCCUACCAUCCACUGCUUGGGGACUGCCUGCGCCUGCUGUGUGCUCUAUGAGUUUGGUAAUGCCCCAUAGACUUUUGCCCCAUGAGCAUGCCCGGGCUCCUCUUGGAACCAUGCAGGUGGUUUCAGCAGCAGAGGAGUUUAGAUAAGCCCUGCUGCUGCCAAGUGACCUCUUUACCCCCCACAGUCAUGUGCAGAGGCACCCAGUGCAUUACCCAGGGAAAGCUGCCUGAGAGAGAAGAAACAUCAAUCACCCUUCCUUAGCUAGGUACAACACAAGACUCCAGGCUGGUCACAGUAAUUUUGCUUAGUGGCCCCUUGGGUGAGCAAAAACCCCCAAAAUCAGGUCUAAAAUUGUGUAAAGCAGGGCUGGUAUUUUUAGACAGGAACUUUGGCUGAUGAGGGAAGGAGCAGCAGGUGCAAACGGCUGCAGCUGGCAGUGAAAGGUAUGAAAGCAUUAGCAGAGACUUCCGCUGUGGUCAACACUGAAGGCUCAGCACAGGUCUCCAGAGAGGGUGUGGGUGGGGGACCUCGGGGUGACUGCUGCUGAGCUCUUCCCAGUUGUCACCAAUAUUCAGUUUGCCACAAGCCUCCUCCACUGCUCUCUUUUUGUGCAAGGCCAGCUGAAGCAUGACCACCAUCCAGGGAGCUCAUCCUGAGCAGAAUUUCAGCUUCCCAGCACUCAAGACUUGCCCUCAGCUUCAGCCUGAAAUGCAGACUGGUCAAGAAGAUAGCGCAAGCCAAGGGCGAGUCACAUCUCAAAGCAGCUCUAUUGCACUUCCCUUACUGGAUAUCAGUCUGGGGUCUGAGUGGUGUUUUCCCUUCCCUUUCCUGCUCUGACUGCAAUUAAUUCAGAACUGAAAGGUUUAUCAACAGAACUGAUCUCUCUCUCCAUCAUCUAUUCCUGUAGCUGUGGCACCAGCUAUCAGAGCUCAGAGGCUUUCCUCCCAUUGUUUUGAACACCUACCCCACACCUUCCUCCGAGAAUGGGAAGAGAUCUCAAAGGGCAGCUGUUGCUAACCCCACCUCACCUUGCUCUCUCAUAGGCAGCUCUCAGGCCUCUGAGGAUGAGAAGAAGGGGACAGGUUCACUGCACAGUAUUUGAGGUACAGAUGUGCUGUGUGGUGAAUCCUACCACCUUUAUACCUGACAGCAGGCAGGACAGGAGUGGUCCAUAUAAGAAAUGGGUGGGAAAAAUCAGGAAAGCUGGUAGAGGAGGGUUCCAUUCUAUGUGAGAAAGCAAAAUUCGCCAGCAGGUAACUUGGCAAGAACCAGAAGAUAAAACUGAUCAUCUGAUUGGACACCAAAACAUCCCCAAAUACUCCAGUUAAAGAUUAUAGACUGAGCAGCCCUCACUGUCACAGAUGGAGAAAACCCUCUCCACCUGCUGCUGCACCUCCUGGCAGUAGAGGGGCCUCCAGCGUCAUCACACUGUAGACAGCAUCUCCUCCUGAUGCAGAGCCAGGUGGAGCUGAGCGGUUACUACGAAGCUGAGAACACCACCCCUUCUUUGGAGGGCUACUUUUGCUUCAACCCAGCCUCAUCUGUGGUUGGCAACCAGGGAGACCCCUUCAGAAAGGUCUUCAUGCCCCUCAUCUAUCUGCUGAUGUUUGUGUUGGGGACUCUGGGCAAUGCUCUGGUCCUGGUCAUUUUAGAGAGGUUCAAGCGGUCUCGCACCACCACAGAAAACUUCCUUUUCCACCUCACCCUGGCCAACCUGGCACUGUUGCUCACCUUCCCAUUCAGUGUGGUGGAGAGCUUAGCUGGGUGGGUAUUUGGGAAGUUCCUCUGUAAGAUACUCAGUGCUGUCCACAAGAUCAAUUUCUACUGCAGUAGCAUGCUGCUGGGGUGCAUCGCGGUGGACCGUUACUUGGCCAUCGUCUAUGCUAUCCACACCUACCGCAAACGCAGAGCUCGCUCCAUCCACCUCACCUGCACGGCUGUCUGGCUCUGCUCAUUGCUUCUGACUUUACCCGAUCUCAUCUUCAUGGAAGUCUGGACAGAUGACAGCAACCGCAGCAUUUGCUAUUUUCCAGAGGUUGGGAUUGAUGGAAACAAUGCGUGGCUGGCAACCCGCUUCCUCUACCACACCGUGGGCUUCUUUGUGCCUCUGCUGGUCAUGUGUUACUGCUACAUGGCCAUCAUCCGGGCACUGUGUCAGUCCCAGCGCCUGCAGAGGCAAAAAGCUGUCCGUGUGGCCAUCCUGGUCACAGGCAUCUUCCUUCUAUGCUGGAGCCCAUACCACAUUGUCAUCUUCCUGAACACACUUACCAAGCUAGAAGCUUUCACCAAGAACUGUCUCCUGGAAGACCAGCUGGACACAGCCAUCAUGGUGACAGAGGCCAUCGGCUUCACACACUGCUGCCUCAACCCCAUCCUCUACGCUUUCAUUGGGGUCAAGUUCCGUAACGACUUCUUCCGGAUCCUGCAGGAGCUCGGCUGCAUAAGCCAGGAGACCCUGCAGGAGAUCCUGGAGGUGACAAGGAAGGGUAGUGGGAUAGAGUCUGACAACACCACCUCCAUCUCCACUUUCUAGCUGAGAAGAGCUGCCUGCAGGGCAGAACUGGCCUGGGUCUUUCCUUCCCAGUGGCACACUUGCUGUGGUCUCAGUUACAAGUUUCACAAGCAUCCCCACAACUUUCUUCACUUCUCAGGAAACAGAUCCAAUAGCCACCAAACACCCAAAUCCUAUCAGAUACCUUCCUUGGCUCUUCCUGGUUCUCAAACUUGUAGAGAUCUAUCUGGCAGCUGUUGGUGAAUGCUGGAUGUCUGAUGGUCACUCUUGUGGAGCUGGAUGAAGAUGGUCACUCAAGUGGGUUGAACCUGAUAUUCCCACCUCUCCCUCGAAAAACGGACUGCGGACAUCUUGUGCACAAAGCCAGGCACAGGACUCAGGUGCCAGGGUUAAGGAAAAAUGUGCAGCCAAGUAAAUGAGUCAUGUCAGCAAGCAGGUCUCCCUUUCACUAGCUAAGGUUGGUACACACAUGCUUAAGGGAAGCUGUGGGACUCAGUGGCCAUCACAACUGGAGAGAUGCAGGUAGGACUGAGGGGGGCUGCAAAGCUCAAUCCAAUAGCAUGGGCAUACAGUGCUGGACACUCUUUGACUGCAACAUUGUCCUCCUGCUGCAUAGCAUCCCCCCAGCCUGCCACAACACAUUCAUCUUCACAACACAGCUCAUGCCAGGAGGUCCUCUCACAGACUGAAAGAUUUGACUGUCACAGACUCCUUUCCUGACAGCAGUAGCAUUCUUCUCCACUCAUUUGAUCUGUUUUAUUGCUGUUAUGAUCUCAUGUGAGUGGCUGCUGAACUGAAUGCCUGACUCUGCAAAAGUUUUCCUUCAAGGAGGAACACCAUCUGAGGAGAUGGCUUCUGUCUUGUGACUGCACACAGGGGAGAGAAACCACACAGCUUUGUAAAGCUGAUGGUAUAAAUUUUUUUUUUUUUUUUUUUUGGCAGCUAGUUGUAUGGCUAUUUAUGGGUUCUGAGAACAAGGAGACUCACUGCCCCAGAGUAAGGGAAAGUCUUCUUUAUUUUGAGCAAGGCUAGAGGAAAUGUGGCAUUUUGCUUUGCACUGUGCUUUCUGUUAGUUUUCCUCCACCUGCAGGGAGGAAGACCUACAGGGCUUUCAGCGGUUAAGUGCAUCCAGGUAUACAGAGGACAAACCUGAGUGGUGAUCUUGCCCUGAACUGCAAGUAUGCAGAAACUGCGCAGAUCAGGGCAGCUUGAUAAUAAUUUGGUUCAAAGUAAGAGCAGCAGCUUUCCCCAUCAUUAAUCCUUGCACCACAAGCUGGUGUGUGGGGAAGCCCCAGCAGACUCAAGACAGCUUGCUGCUGCCUAGGAGGUCUUGUCACAGUUUAACAUGGCAGCAGGCCCACAACAUUGCUCCAUGACGUUUCUGUUCCUAAAGAGUGCUGUGGCCUGAACUGUAGGAGAGCCAUACAUACCAAUGUCACAUGAGCACAACCCUCCUCACAAGCACACUUUAAAAUCUCCUCUACCCUUCACCUCACAUUUUAAGCAAUGUCAAAACAAUGUUAGUUCUCCUGUGGCAGCAGGAAUUUUGUGCUAACCUCACUUCUGAAGUUCAUCCCCCUAGCAGACAGCUCAGUCUCAGGUGAACUUCACAGUACUCAAGGGCCCCGCUAAAAAGACCAGCCAUUAUGGAAGGGUGAAGCCAUUAUGGCGCUGGGACUGACACAUUACCUCAGCCUGACUCAGGCAGAGAUCUCAAUAGCUUGAUCUCACAUUGUGACUUGAGGAGAAAAACUCAGCUAGUAUAAGGCAGUCCACCAUUUCCUGCAGCACCUUAUCUUCAAAGAUUAAACUUUCAAGUAAUGGCAAUUGUGGUUGUUCAGGCACAUACAUGCAGCAGAGAAGGGCAAGCCUCUUAAGCCUGCACUUGUUCUCCACAGUUGUGCCAGUGAGAAAACCCAUUGCAGAUGCAUUGUAAACACCUCCCCAGCAGGUUAUGGUGACAACUGUGUUUCUACAUGAAAAUGUUAUUGAAAAAAAUAAUAGUCAAAGUAUAAAAUUCUUACAGUGGUCACAAAAAGAAAAUCUGCGCUCAAAUGAGAGUGUACAGACUACACAUCUAUUGUUACUAUAGCUUUUAGCACUGGUAUGUACAAACCUUUAGGAAGUUUUGAGGUAAGCUGUAAUAAACAGGUGAAUAAAACACCAUCUUCUCAUGUA